ACAUUUUAAGUUUCCACUAAUCAUGGGUCUAAUCGCCUGUAGAGCGUGUGUGUUUGUUUUGGUAUUUGCUUUGGUCACAAAUUUUACUAUGGGAGAAACAGAGUUUGGUGAUGAGAAGCCCUUGUUUGCUCACCCUCACCCUCGUCCUCUCCUCCACAAGAAGGGCUUCAAAAAAGGCUUCGGCGACUUAGGUGGUGGUGGUGGUAUCAGCGGAGGAGGCGGCUUUGGAGCAGGUGGCGGUUGGAUUGGAGGCAGUGUUGGAGGCUUUGGUGGAGGAAUAGGCGGUGGAUUUGGUGGAGGAGGAUUCGGAGGUGGAGGAGGAAAAGGAGUUGAUGGCGGAGCCGGUAAAGGAGUUGAUGGUGGAGCCGGAAAAGGAUUUGAUGGAGGAAUCGGUAAAGGAGUUGACGGUGGAGCCGGAAAAGGAUUUGAUGGAGGAAUCGGUAAAGGAGUUGACGGUGGAGCCGGAAAAGGAUUUGAUGGAGGAGUCGGUAAAGGAUUUGACGGAGGAGCCGGAAAAGGAUUUGAUGGAGGAGCCGGAAAAGGAUUUGAUGGAGGAGCCGGUAAAGGAUUUGAUGGCGGCGUCGGAAAAGGAUUUGACGGCGGAGCCGGUAAGGGAGUUGACGGUGGAGCCAUUGGAGGAAUCGGCGGAGGAGCCGGUAAAGAAAUUGGCGGAGGAAUCGGCGGUGGAGGUCACUGAGAAUUUGUUAAACCGUAAUGUGCAUGCCAUUGAUAUGCAUGUAUAUGUUGUCAAUUAUGAAAUCUCUAAUUCGUUAAAAUUAAAAUAUGCAAUAAUAACUGAAAUGUAUGUCAUUUCUCUUUAGUUUGUUUUCCUCUUUGAAAUGAUUGUAUCUUGCUUCUUCGUGUAAAUAAAGUGAAUAACGAUUA